AUGCGUCGUUCAAAUAAAAAAAUCAAGAGAACCCCAGAGAAUUCCCCAGAAGGGAAGUCGAAGGAGUAUAGUAUGGAUGUUGAAAUGAUCUCUGAGCUAGAGGAGAUGAUGGUUGAAUCUCAACCAAUUGUGCAACCUCAUGAUGAAGUUUGCCCUAAUUUUCUCCUUACCAAAGAGGAGAAAAAGAGAUUAAGGAGGCCUUGGCAAAAUACCCUUAUCAUCAAACUAUUUGAUAAGAAACUCAACUAUAAGGUUUUUAUUAAGCGUUUAAGGAUCAAAUGGAGCUUGAAAGGGGAUAUAUCCCUAAUUGAUGUGGGAUUUGACUACUAUAUUGUUCGAUUCACGAAUAUGGAAGACCACCAUCAUGUGCUGACUCAAGGGCCUUGGAUUAUUGGUGAUAGCUACCUCACAAUCAGGAAAUGGAUACCUAAUUUUGUAGCCGAUGAUGCCCCUAUCAAAUUUUUAACGGCAUGGGUUCACAUUCCUCAUCUAUCGGUUGAAUACUUUGUCAAGCAAUUCCUGCAUAAGAUUGGGUCCAAAUUUGGUAGAGUUAUUAGUAUUGAUAAAAAUAUUGAAUCUAUGAGUAGGUGUCAAUUCGUUAGAUUCAGUAUUGAAGUUGAUUUCACAAAAUCAUUGCUUUCAAAAUUUAAGCUAAAUGGCAAAGUUUGGCGCCAAUGGCGGAGCCAGAAAUUUGAACAUGGGGGGACAAAUGGACAACGCAUGAUUUAA